GUUGCAAAAUACGAUUUAAUUGAUAUCGGAGCAAAUCUUUUACACCCCUUGUUUGAAAAUGAUUUCGGCGAUGUUGUUGUUCGAGCAAAACAAGCAGGGUUGCAAAAAAUAAUUGUAACGGGAACUAAUCUUGAAAUCAGUGAAAAAGCAAAGAAUUUAGCGAGUCUUCAUCCCGGUUUUCUUUAUUUUACUGCUGGUAUCCAUCCUCAUGAUGCAAAAACAUUCGAUGAAAACAGUUAUUACGCACUGGAGCAAUUAUGUGCCGAUCAGCGAUGUGUUGCUGUCGGUGAAUGUGGACUCGAUUACAAUCGAAAUUUUUCUACACCCGAUGUUCAAAAAGUGGUUUUCGAAAAACAAGUUAAGCUUGCCUGUUCUAUUAAGAAACCAUUGUUUGUUCAUCAGCGUGACGCGCACGUCGAUGUAUUGAACAUUCUUGCUAAAUUUAAAGAAACCCUUCCACCAACAGUAAUUCAUUGUUUUACUGGUACAAGUAAUGAGGCUGUAGAUUGUAUUAAUAAUGGAUAUUAUAUUGGAUUGACAGGAUUUCUCUGGAAGGACCGGUCAGAAAAUGGUGUAAAGAAUGCUUUGAUGAAUCGCAAAAUUCCUUUGGAUCGGUUGGUCUUAGAAACUGAUUCUCCAUUUAUGUAUCCCAAAAUAAAUGACAAAAACAUUCCUAAAAAUAUAAAAGAUCGGAUUUCGUCUCAUUCUCGUAAAUUACAUCAAUUUUCCUCUUUCAACCGUAAUGAACCAUCAGCAUUAGCUGCCAUUUGUGAUUUAGUCGCCGCCUAUUUAGAUGAAGAUCCUAUAAAAGUUGCUCAAAUAACUAGUGAAAAUGCGAGAAAUAUUUUUUUUUUGAAUAAAGUAAAAUAG